CUGCGUACGUUCAAAAACCUCUCGGCAUUCGGUCAGUUGAGUGGUUUACUGUUGAGUCCGCUCGGAUCAUUUUUUGUUUAAGUUAUUACUCGUUAGUAAGUUGUUACUUGGGCGUAUCUUGUUCGGAGUAAAAUAUUUAAUAAUAAUUAUCAGUGGUGUCUCGUCGUCUUCUUAGUUGUUUCCAUAUCGAACUUCACGUGUACACAAAAAAACCGUCUAUUAAUGCGUACUUAAAUAAACGAAUAGAUGAUAACCGUGUGAUACAUGUAGCAUUAUAAUUCGGAGUUGACGCCUGACAUUCCAAGUACUUGGACCACGGUCAUUCAAUAUGUACCAAUGAUAUAAACCGCUAGUUUUACAGAAUAAUGCAUUCGUCAUGUGGUCACUUCAGUCUAAUACAGGAUGGCUGUGGUGCCAUAUCAUCGGCAAAAAGCACUGUAGACACUGUACCAGUAUUCACCAAAAAGGUAACAAAUGCUCGAAAACCAAAUAUUCCAGACGACGAAGCAAAAACUUUCGAUAUCGUCAAAGCUUCUCAGUACGGGUUGUUGAACCGAUGUAAAGAAGUAAUUGAAAGUGGUUAUGAUGUAAACAAACCAGAUCCUCAAAAUAUUUAUCUCCUACAUUGGGCUGCAAUCAACAAUAAAGUUGAUUUAAUUAAAUAUUAUAUUUCUAAAGGCGCAGCUGUAGACCCUGUUGGAGGGGACCUAAAAGCAACUCCAUUACAUUGGGCAACUAGACAAGGACAUUUAUCUGCUGUGGUAUUAUUGAUGAGUAAAGGAGCAGAUCCGUGUUUUUAUGAUGUUGAAGGUCGUACUUGUUUGCAUAUUGCAGCACACCUUGGUUUCACAGCAAUUGUAGCUUAUUUAAUUGCCAAAGGUGUAGACGUAAAUUUGCGAGAUAAAAAUGGAAUGACUGCUCUCAUGUGGAGUUCAUAUAAAUCAUUAGGACUUGAUCCAACUAAACUUUUAAUAACUCUCGGUGCUUCUAUGUCCAUACAAGAUGAUGUGCAUAGGAACACUCCACUUCAUUGGGCUCUGAUUAGUCGGAAUCCAACAGCCAUUAGUAUUCUAGUCAUGAGAGGAUCACCAUUGACAAUUAGAAACUCAAUAGGAUGUACUGCUUUAAAUUUAAUUCACGAGUCAAGAUCAGAAGUGUGGAUAGGAUUGAAUACACUAAAAAUUGUUGAUGAUAAAAUGAAACCAAAGAAUAUUUUAGUAAAAUUAAAUGAACAAACUAUGUCUAUUAUAAUUGUUUCUAUUGCAUUUUAUGUGAUUGGAUUUAUAUUGGACUCUCAUAUGAUAUAUGUAGCAAAAUUAUGUUGUUUGAUUAUUGGAUAUCUCAUUAUGUACAAACUAAACCGUACAUAUACAUCAGUAUCUAAAACACUGCCUGUGUCAGUUUAUUUUGCUACAAAAUUUUGGAUGUAUGUUACUUGGAUAUUUUGGAUACUACCCGUCAUAAGUUUCUGGUGCUCAGUUGGUUUCUUUGUUACUACGACAUUGUUAUGGUACAACUUUAUGUACAGUUGGAAUGGUAAUCCAGGAUAUGUACCAAACACUAAAAAUGAUCAAUAUACUGCCAUCAUUGAACUGGCUGAAAGUUCCGGAUUUGGUUCAGAUGUAUUUUGUAGUACAUGUUUGAUUAAAAAGCCAAUCAGAUCAAAACAUUGUAAUAUUUGUAAUAGAUGUAUAGCAAAGUUUGAUCAUCAUUGUCCUUGGGUGAGCAAUUGCAUUGGUGUUUCAAAUCAUCGUCACUUUAUGGGAUAUCUUAUAACACUACUUGUAGCGUGUAGCUUUAUUAUUUUUGGAAGCAUAAGAUAUCUAAAUAUGGCUAACCAAUUUAAUGAACAAACAUUUCAUUAUAACAUAUUUUAUGUUAUUUGGGAAGUUCUCAUAUUAGAUUCAUGGGUCAGUUGGAUUAUGAUCAAUGCUAUUUUACAUUCAAUUUGGGUAUCAAUGCUGUUAGGAUGUCAAACCUACCAAAUUGUUUGGCUCGGUAUGACUACUAAUGAGCGUAUAAAUGCUGCUCGUUACGAGCACUUUAUUCCACAUGGAAAGGGGUAUAAGAGCCCGUAUAAUCGAGGUAAAUGUCAAAACCUGUUGGAUUUUAUCCAGUGCCAUUGUUUUCGUUUUAGAUUUUUAAAUGAGAAAGUUUGGUUUAAUUAUUAUGACUUUCAAGUUUUUACUGAUGUAGAAUUGAAUUUUUCUGCUGUAAAACCCAAUUUGGAAUAUGUUUAAAUAUCAUGAUUAAAUUUUCAAUUAGCAAUUAAUUGCAAACUACUAAUACUAAUGUUAACAUGGAAUAAUAUUUAAAUAUUAUUAAGAUUUUUAUUGUACAUAUAUUUUUUUCUAUGUGAUUUGGCUUGUUUCCAAUAAUUAUUAUAAUAUUUAAUAUGUUACAUU